AUGAGAAAUAACUUUGAUCAGUUGCCAGAUGAAUCAAUAGGUUACGAUAUGUCUAAUUUAAAUGAGUCUCAUGAUGCAGUAGAAACCUUAGAAUAAAACAACAUACCUAGCAGCAUAAGUCCAAAUGUUCUUGAAGAUGAUCAAAUUAUUCAUGAGGUCACUGAGGAUUAUGAGGUUUUGAAUGAGCCCUCAGCUAAUGAAGAAGAGGACUAUGAGAUUAAUGGACAUGACUAUCUAAUUUAGUAAAGAAAUGAUAACAUUAAUUUCUUGAUAAAUAUGGAGCAAAACUCUAUUAAUAGCAAAUAGCGCAUGCCAUUUAUAUUUUGUUAAGAAAAAAUGUUUAAGCUAGUGAAUAAUAUGAGAGAUAAUAUCUAAGUUAAAGACUCUUAGAGGUCUAUUAUGACUUAGAACCAGUAACUUAAUAGCAGAAGAGGAAAAUCUCAAAAUAAUCUACAGCAAAAUAAUAGGUAUUAGAAGCCAGGUGUGGGAGUAAAGAAUCAAUUAAACAAUAAGAAGAAUAGUAUCAAUUCUAAAUAAAAUAUUCAGAAUAUGAUUACAAGACAAAGCACAGAGGCUUCAAGUUCUGUUAUCUCUGACACUAUUUAAGGCCUAGAAAGUAGGACCAAUUUUGUUUGUUAAAAUUAAUGCAAUACUCAUGGAAUCCAAAUAAAAAAAUAUUUGAACAAGUAAAAUCCAUUUAAGUUUUUACUAAUUUUAGCUGGCAGACUAAGAAUGCAUCACUUCUGUAUGAUUGGCACAAGGAUACCUAUUACAGCAGUAGCAGAGGAUAGCUUCACAUCAAAUAAAUAUUCUAAUAAAAUGAGACCAUACACUUAAUCUUCUAUAAGAUCUAAGCAUAACAGAGCUAUUUCUAAUGAAAAUACUGACUUCGAUCCUUAUUCUAUGAAUGAUCCAUCAACUAUCUACAAUGAUUUUUCUACUUAGCCUCUAGGCACAAAUAACGUUCUCAGUAAAUCUCUUAAUAAUCUGAAUAAUAAUUAUUCAACCUUGAAUCGCAAACUUUCAAGACCAUCAACUACUAACUCGUAUUAAAUCCAUAGUAGCAGACCUGGGACAUCAAAUAACCAUAUAAAAUAGAAUGUGAGACAGUAAUAAAAUAACUGGAUUUCACCCUUCGAGAGAUUAAAAAACCCUCAUUUUCCCUAUGAAAGAUUAGAUAGAUAGAAGGAAUUUAACCCUAAAGAAGGAUUCAGUUAUAUCGUAAAAUGUGGGAAGAAGUCCAAUGAAUGA